CGUGAACUUUCCACGUGAAGAGACCAGCUUUUGGGUCGUUCGUUCGGUCGUCAUUGCCUUGGCUCUCGCCAUGUGCUGGGUUCCUCGCUAAAUGCCGGGCGUGGCCCAGUAAUUCCUUCCUUCUUUCCUACAAGGAUUUGAAAACACCAGUCAGCCUUCUUCCCUCUUUGUCACCGCCCCUACUUCUGGAUAUCUCUACCUCCCGCCCUCUCUACUCUCUUCUUGCUCUCUCAUGCCACUCUCCCGAUCCUGAUUCCACCCUCCCUACCAGUCAUGAUCCACAGAGUCCGUCGCGCUGUCCAUCGGAUCCUGUGUCUGUGUGUGCGCCGCGAGCAACAGGAUCCAGACUCAGCCCACGCAAAGUACCUCGAGCAAGGCUCUCCCCAACCCGAGUCCUCCAGCAGUAGCAAACGCAGGCACAGACUAUGGCGCCCAGCGUCGCUCAAAGGUACCAUCUUCCUCAUUGCUGUCACGAUGCUCAUGAUCGUGCAGUUCAGUUUCAUCACGCGCAACCUCAUGCCGUACUCCGACACCAUCACCAACGCGAGAGCGUACGGCACAGAUCUCUCGAUCGCCCCCUUCAGACGUCGUCCAACGUCUAAAACAGACAACCGGCUAAAGCAUCAUCCAGAGUCGAAAAAUCUGCAAUGGGAUAAUAACGUCCUGUGGAUCAACAAAAAGCCAACCUUCAUCAUCAGUGGAGAAUUUCAUUACUGGCGAAUGCCCUCGCAGAGCAUGUACCUCGACGUCUUCCAAAAGAUGCGCGCGAUGGGUCUCAACACGGUCUCUUUGAGCUUCAACUGGGGCUACCAUCACGUACGAAAAGACAAGCUUCUGUUUGUUGGCGUCGGUCGAGAUGUGCAGGCUCUGUUUGAGGCGGCGCAGCGCGCAGGACUUUACGUUAUUGUUCGCCCUGGUCCUUACAUUGACGCUCAAGCCUCGGCGGGCGGUAUCCCAGCAUGGCUCCUCAACAGCAAGAACAUAGAGCUGAGAAAUCUAGACUCGGAGUACACAAAAGCUUGGAAAGACUAUCUGGUGGCGCUUAUGCCUAUCGUCGCUCGCUACCAGAUCGACAAAGGUGGAACGGUUAUUGCCGUCCAGCUUGAGCACGAGAUGCGUAAUUGUGACCUCUACCCUGAUGCUCAUAAAUACAUUGAGACGUUGUCGUACUUUAUCAGAGACCAGGGGAUUAUAGUUCCUGUCUUCCACAAUGACAUGAACCAGUCGAAAUCGUUCACUCCGUCAGACUUUCCCGGGACCACAGAUCUCUAUGGCAUCGAUUCCUACCCGCUCGGGUCGCAUUGUGGAGAAAUGGCAAAGAAUUUCCCGCAAGUAUCUGAUUAUCGCAAAUACCUGAGAACAGCCAGUGCCAGCUCUCCCAAAUUCAUAACUGAGCUUCAAGCCGGCGGAUAUGACUCGUGGGCCGGCGAUGGGUAUGAUGACUGCGCUAGGAGGACAAGUACACAGUACGUGAACAUCUUCUUUCGGGAAGCGAUCGCGCAGAAGUUCACCAUGAUCUCGCAAUAUAUGGCCGCCGGAGGUACAAACUGGGGAGGCAUUGGCUCACCUGAUGUUUACUCGUCGUAUGACUUUGGUGCUGCAAUCACCGAGACACGGCUGUAUCGUGAGAAAGCCAACGAGCAAAAGCUUCUCUGGACCUUUGUCCGCUGCUCACCUAGUCUCGCGCUCGCGGAAUUUGUUGAAGACAGCCGAAUGGUGCCGUACAGCGAUAAUCCUGACGUAUUUGUGACUGAGCUCCGGGACCCCGCGUCAGACGCUGGGUUCUACGUCAUUCGUCAUAACGACACCAGCGGUAACGAGGGAAGCCAGUAUAGACUUAUUGUCAACACAGUCGAUCACGGAGUCAUGCAAAUUCCCAGCUCUGGCGUUCUUUCGUUGCUUGCUCGAGAAUCAAAAAUAUUCAUCACCGACUAUGCUGCCGGACCGAAACUCACGCUUGUAUACUCAACUUUGGAAGUCUUCACGUGGACAUACUUCAAUGGCAAGCCGCUCAUGGUCCUAUACGGCGCCCUGGAGGAUUUGAAUGAGAUUUCGAUCAAAAACGCCGGACACAUCAAAUUCAACUUUUACAAAAUUCGAGACGCGAAGCUUGUCAAGUUUAAAGACUUUGGUUCGAAAGUGACCGAAUUGAACGAGCUUAGAGUCCUGUUUGCUCUUGACGGCGAGCAGCGCGCAGUUCUGAUUAGCGACGAGUACAUGAUUCUCAUGAUCAACCGGCCAGACAUUUAUCGUGCGUGGGCGCCGUCUUUGGGAAACUAUGUGGAUCCGUCGUUAUCGAUUGCCAAUCAACUGAUCGUUCUCGGUCCACAUUUAGUGCGAAACAUUUCCGAGACUGGAACUGACAACAAGGGUCUCGAAAUCAAUGGCGACGUUGACUUAGAGUCGAGCGAUGGAGGAUUCGUGGAGGUCUUUGUAGAGGACAAUUAUGAGCAUUUCUCAUGGAACGGCGAGAAAAUCAUGCACUUCAGACGGACCGAGUACGGCUCUUUUCUGUUUGAGGUCACGCGGCCAAGCGCCAAUCUUGCACAGGUUGCGAUCCAGCCGUUUGAUACGGCCCAGUGGGCGGCCAUAGACUCGCUGCCCGAGCUGAACAGCGGGUUUGACGACUCUGCUUGGGUGAAAGCAGACAAGCAGGUGUCGAACAACAAGUACUUUCCCGCACGGAUGACGCCGGUGCUGUAUCCGGGUGACUAUGGGUUCUACUCUGGAGUCGUGCUAUACCGUGGUCGGUUCACAGGAUCCGAGGUUAGUGGGAUCAACCUUGAGAUAUGGGGAGGCAAGGCCUUUGCGUUUGCGGUCUGGCUGAAUGGGAAAUUUGUCGGGUCGUUUCCGGGCGAGAGGAACACCGACCGCAUGAAGCGAGAGAUGCAGUUUCCCGAAGGCGCAGUCACAGAGGGUGAGAAUGUGUUGCUGAUUGUUGCGGAUCAAAUGGGAUAUGACCACUACAACGACGCGAAAGACGACGGCGGCGAAGCCCACGCGAUAUUCCAUCCGCGCGGAAUCCGGCUCAUCGAACUGCUUCCGAGCAACGCUACCGUUGCCAAGACGGACUUCUCAAGUUGGAAGUUGCAAGGAAACGUGGGAGCAGAUCAAUACGACGAUCUGCUUCGGGCACCGUAUAACGAAGGAGGUCUGUAUGGGCUGCGAGUCGGCGGUCAUUUGCCAGGGAACCCGGUGUCGAAUUGGCAAGGCAUGUCGCCAAUUAUCACGGACUUGGCCGGCGAGCUGUCUAGAAAUCCUAGAAAAGAGGCAAGUGUGCGUUUCUAUCGCGCGGAAGUGAGCGUGCGAGUGCCGCAGAUGAUGGACAUCUCUCUCGGUAUCCGCAUCAAAGGCGUCGGCAUCCGCGCCGAAUUAUUUGUCAAUGGCUGGCAAUUUGGGAAAUACAUCAGCGACCUCGGUCCUCAGGACGAAUUCCCGAUUCCGCCGGGGAUCCUCAACACGCUCGGCAAGAACGUUGUCGCGCUGCAGAUCUGGGCGCUGAACAAUACCGCGAUGGCGGGGGUGCUGGAGUUUGAAUGGGUGCGGUAUGGGUUGUAUUCGUCAGGGUUCGGACCUGUGCCUCAUGAUGAUUACCAUGGGUGGUACGUCGAUCGGACUGCGCAGGUUGCAAAGUAUGAUACGGGUAAAUAACGGGCUGGGUUUUGUAAGGUUGUACAUUUAUGUGUUUGUCUGGGUAUGUAAUGAUUAAUAUAGUAUAUGGCUCGAAUCAAG